AUCAUCUUUGUGCUGGGCGGUCUUCCAGCGCGACUCCGGAAUUGACGCGUCACACGUGUAUGUUAUGUUGCCGUGGAAAUACUUAUUUCUACAUGCAGCGUUGAACUUUUUCACCGGUACCUGCUUUGUAACAAAGAUCUAGUCAUGGUUGUGAAGAAGAAAGCACCUAAAGUGGAAGCUGUGGCUUUGGAUGGUGUCCAGCUGAAGAGCCUGACAGAUUCCCUGUCUGUGGAGGGGGAUAGUAGAUCCACAGAGCUUGCUCGGGUUCUGAAGGACAGUUUAUCAUCCUCUGACCCGGUUGAGCAGAUCCAGCUCAUCUCAAAGGCAGGCUUCCUGUUGGAGCAGUUGAAAGAGGAUGAGUCCCCCAUGGGUCCUUUACUGCAGGCUUGCCUGAGCACACUAGCGUUCCUGUUUACCACAUUGCCAGCUAAGAACCCACUCAAGAGAGCCGUAGCAAGUGCACUAGGAAGUGGCCCGGAUUGGCUGCAGGAGCAGACAGUUGGAUGUCUGUCUGAGAGCCUGUCUUCAUGCCUCUCCUCUACGAGCACAGAUCACUGCUCACACUUAACAAAUAGCAUCACUUCCUGUCUGGAUGGCUUUAAAAUCGGUGAGAAAUGUGUUCACCGUUUGCUAACAGAAGUGCUCCAGUUCUUCCAAAGGAUUUUGAAUUCUAAUGUGGAGCAGAACAGGGAUUUGUGUGGUCGUCAUGUGGCCCAGGCUCAGCUGAUGCAGUCGUGUCUGGCAGCGGUGAAGGCCUCAAUGCUGGUGGUUCAGAGGUCUCAGGAACCCAUCAGUACUGCAGUGCUUUCAGCUUCAGAUGACCAAUCUGAUCUACAUCAGGCUCUCAGUGGACUACUCAGCUGCUAUACAUGUAUCUUGACUGAUGAGGAGUUUGUUCAGACGGUCCAGAGCACUGCUGGGAUGGCCGUUGUUUUGCUCAUCAGAUCUAUUAUGGGCAAUGGAGAUGAUGUACCUGUCAUAGUUGCGGGUCUCCUGUGGUGUUCAGUGGAUGCAGGCAGCAUCGCCCCCCAGUGGCUGAGACAGAGCUGCGCAGGUCUGUAUGAGAGCAGCAGGCCUGCAGCGGUGGCUCUGUAUCUCAGUCAUGGAGCUCUGGCUAUGCUCAGCUGGAGAGGAAAGACUCUUGGUCCACAGGCCGAGAAACUGCUGCUGCUCAUACCUGAAGUGCUCCUGUCUCUAGAUACAAGAGUGAAGGAGUCCAGUACGGUGAUGGUAGUGGCUCGGGUUUUGACACUUUGGAGUGGAGCUGCGGUUGACUGCGUCCAGGUGGACACAUGUCCCCCUCUCCUUCGCUCGUCUCUAAUCGGAGGCUCUUCUCUAAUCGCACGCCUUCACCACCACAUCUACGCCCACUGGGAGCACCCUCUGGACGGGGUUCGGCACCAGACGUGCUCCAUGUUCCAGAACCUCCUCACGCUCCACCAGCACUGCAGUGAGCACAAGUUUGAUCCCACCGGUGACCCUUACAUCACCCAGCUCACCCAGGACCUUCUAACGCUGGAGUGGCAUACGAAAGGGAAGUACGGCACACUGGGCUGCCUGGUGGAGCACUUAGGAGCAGAGUAUUUACUAAAGCUUGAUGACGGACUGCCAUCCAGGCUGCUGGGUCUGAUGGGGGAUCAGACGAUGGCACCAUACGCCAGCGACCUUCUGGAGAAGCUGUUUGUCAGCCAUAAGGCCCAGUUGUGUGAACGGUUUAGGGAUGAGGAUGCCUGGAUAGAUGGGUGGCAUGAAGUUUGGGUGAGGCCUCUGCUGAAGGUACUGUGCACAGCCCGAUUGGAUCAAACCACUUAUAUACUGGACUACUUCCUGCCCAAACUGCUACGCUGCAACCCCUCCAGCCUUAGCCACAUGGUACAAGCCCUGCAGGAGAUGUCAGCUUGCACUGAGGGGUCAGCUGGCAGCAGAGGUGCAUUGGGGGCUCUGAUGACGUGCUUGCGUGCCGCCCGGUCUCAGGGUGUUCUCAAGUCUGUGGAGGAGGAAUUGUGGGAUGGCCUGGUGCCACUCCCACUAAUGCAACAGGCUCUGGUGCACAAACACGAUCAGGUGCGAAUGGAUGCUCUGGGUUUGGUAUGUGAGAGCCAUCGCAGCACAGAAACUCUGUCCAGACAGGAAAUAGAGCUGAUCCGCCACUUCCUGCCCUUUAAUCUAAACAGUCAGUCACCAGGAGUCAGACAGCAGACUGUCAGUCUGUUAAAGAAGCUCUUGUGUAGGGUGAAGGACAGUGCUCAGCUGCUGCAAAAGAAACUGGACCAACAUCACAACCACAAAGACCAGCAAGUUUUCAACAUGUACCAGGAGUUUCUACACUGGUUCUGUGAGACGCUAUUCCAGGUGUUUCACCCAGGAGCCUCAUUCUCCAGGUGUCUAAUGGCACUACACCUGCUGGGGCUGAUCGCUGAGCAUUUCACAUUUAACACAGGCUGUGGUUUUGCUCUUGGAGAGUCAGUGAGCUUUUCUCAUGCUCAAGCUGUGCUGUGCUGUCUUGCAAACAACUUUCUUGAAGUCAAACAGCUCGCCUGCAACCUCUUACAAAAACUGCCCCCCGCAGCAGUGCGACUCCAGGAGCCGGAGAGGCUGCAGUCUUUGCUUCAGGUCGCUCUGGACCUCAGCACCAGCACCAAACCCUUUGACAGUGUCACUGCCGCUCAUCUUCUCAACCUGCUGCUGCACCAGCCGGGUCUGAAGGAUGCGUUACUCAGCUGUGUCCAGAAGCAGCACAUCCCUGUCCAGCCACCAGCACUGAUCCAGUCCCAGACGUCUGAGGCUUCCAGUCUGGAGCAGAACACCUUGGCAGUGGUGCAGUGGCUGAUGGUGUGUCUGAAGGAAGAGGUUUUGAAGGCCGAGUCGUCUCUUCUGCAGGCCUCUGCUUCCUAUCCUUUAUAUGGCAGAGUUCACUGCAUCACUGCAGUUCUGCAGCAGCUCAACACUGGAUCACUUGUACUGCUGUCUGAGUGGAGGGCUGUUGUGUCAGAGCUCAUAGGCCUGUGCUACAGGAUGUCUGAUGUUGUGUCACCUGUGGUUCAGAGCUCUUCCCCUGAGGGCCUUAUUCCCAUGGAUACAGAGUCUGAGACCUCUGCUGGCCUCCAGAAGAUCCUGCAGGAGAUUCAACCUCGUGACACAAAUGAUUUUUUCACUAGUGCCAGAGAGCUGGACCCCAGCGAGAGCGACUGUAACAGCGAACAGAAAGAGCCAGAGAACGCAGUUCAUAAAACACAAUCCUGUAACAGCGGUGGCGGUGAUGGAGAGGCCUAUCGAGUCACCGCUCAGAUGGUGCUGGUGUGUUGCUGGAGGACCAUGAAAGAGGUGUCCAUGUUGCUGGGUCAUCUGUGUCAGAGCAUGCCGCUGCACUGUCCUCUCACACACGCUGACGGCAGAGGAGUCGUCACAGAGGACCAGGUGCAAGGUGUGGGGAAGUACUUUCGGGAGCAGCUGCUGCAGUCUCGUCACAGGGGGGCAUUUGAACUUGCCUACGUGGGUUUUGUUCGGGUCACUGAGAUGCUCUGCAGGAGUGGGAGCGCUACGCUCCAGCAGCUGCCAGCACACUGGCUGAAGGAGGUUCUUGAGGAAGUGAAAUCCAGUGACCCCUCCUCGAAACUGUGUGCGACCCGCCGCAGUGCAGGAAUACCCUUCUAUAUACAGGCCCUGCUGUCCUCUGAGCCCAAAUCAUCCAGCUGUGGACUCCUGAAGAUGACCAUGAGUUCUCUGACGGCAUUGGCUAUGCCCACUAAUGAUGGAGAUACUGAGAGCAGCUCUGUGCCACAGGUCCACGCUCUGAACAUCCUGAGGGCUUUGUAUCGAGACACGCGUCUGGGGGAGAACAUUGUGCCGUUUGUGUCAGAGGGCAUGCAAGCUGCUAUCCUGGGUUUCACUUCUCCUGUGUGGGCUGUGAGGAACUCCUCGACUCUCCUGUUCAGCACUCUGAUUACACGGAUAUUCGGGGUAAAGAAGGGAAAAGAUGAGCACUCCAAAAAGAACAGGAUGACCGGCCGAGAGUUUUUCACUCGUUUUCCUGCCCUCUAUCCCUUCCUCCUCAGUCAGCUACAGGAAGCCGCAGCCUCUGUGAACAGUGAUUCAGGGCAGGUGAAGCUGCACCCCAGUCUUUUCUUGUUGCUGUUGGUUUUGGGUCGUCUCUACCCAUCUCCUAUGGAUGGUUCAUCAUCUCCUCUGGGAUUAGCUCCCUUUAUGCCCUUAAUCAUCAGGUGUGGUCGCUCUGCAGUGUACCGCACGCGUGAAAUGGCAGCGAGAGCCCUGGUUCCAUUUGUCCUGGUGACUCAAGUUCCCUCCACCAUCCAGACUCUCCUGGAGGAGCUGCCUCAAGAACCUGGACCAGGACUUCAACAAAACCACAUCCAUGGCACACUGCUUCAGGUGCUGUCGCUGUUACGUUCCUACCUGGCGGACACACACAGACCCCAGUCAGCAAAUGAGCAGGACUGUGACACCUCCAGUGCACUUUUUCCACGGCUGUGGCUCGCCACAAGGCAGAAUCCAUGUCUGGUAACUCGUGGUGCAUUUCUAGACCUGCUGGGCUGUCUAUGUGGUUGUCUUCCUGUUCCUGUAUCAGAGUCACAGCUGAAGAAACUGCGCGAGGAAACUCUGCAGAUUCUUAUGGCCUCUGAACUUGUGGCUCCUCAGGGGCCCCAUGACAUGAACCUCUUAGUCCCUGGAGCCACACAGUAUCUGCAGAGUCUGGCUCGCAUAGCCGUCAGCGUCUGUGUGGAAUCACCUCACCUGUGGGAUUGUCCAGAGUCUGCUGGGUUACAGAGAGACCUUCUGGAGCGACUGCUGCGGUGCCCGUACUAUGAAGUUCGGCUGUUUGCUCUGGAUCAGCUCCUCGGGAGACUUCAGAAGACCAAGGAAGAGUCUCAGCGUCGUGCUCAGGGACCCUUGCCCUUUGACCUCAGUGUGUCCAGCCUAACCUCCCUGGCCCUUCGUGAGACUUACCCUGGGUGUCAAGCCAAGGUUUUACAGGUUCUCGCUGUCCUCCCGCUUGCUUCCCUGCUGCCCUGGAGAGAUGGGAUGACGUCUUUGAGCUGUCUGGAGGUUCUUGAGCAUCUCCUCACACUGCUGGAAACCUCUACACACAGUGUGGAGCUCUACUGUGCCGCUCUCUCCCUAACAUCAUCGCUGGUGCUACACCUGGCCGAGUCAACGCCGCAGCAGGAUCUCAGUGAGGCUGCAGUGGUCUCUCUGAGCAGAUGGGGGGCGCUGGUCAUGCAGGGCUGCGCUGAGGAUCAACCUGCAGAAGUCAAACUCAAGUCAGCAGAGGUGUUAGUGAAGGCCGCCCCCACCUUACUGACAGCUCCAGCCCUGCCUCUGGGUAUCACACACACUGUGGCACUAUGGAAGAGCCUGUUUACAUUAUUACAGGAUGAAGAUCAGGAUGUCAGAGACAGAGCAGCUGACUUCACCUGCUACAUUCCAGCCCAUUUACACAACACAGGUGUUUCCACGGGUGCCGUCUCUCCUCCGGUUGCCCUGGAGAUGGGGGUGGGUCUUUUGUGCCAGCUGCUCCAGAUGUGGGGCCAGGUGGCUGCUGGAAUGGUGAACCUGAUACAAUGGCUCCUGGGAGAUGAACAAUUGGAUACAAGGAGUGAAGAGUCACUAGACUUGGAUGAGGAGUUCCUCUUUGAGAAGGGAGAUCUUAACCUGUGGGCAGAGCCUUUGUUAUGGGCACGGAUGUUGCACGGACAUCUCUCUGCCCUCCUAAGAGUGACAUAUUCACCUGAUGUGAGCGCCGCAGAACUGGACCGACCAUCAGCCAUCGCAAAGAGCAAUGCCCUGGCGGCUCAGAUUUCGAUGAAAGCCCUCCCUGCACUGCCCCAGUUUUCAGCCACCAUCGAGUAUGCCAAGAUAUCGCUGCUGAAAGAGAGAACGUCACUCGCUCAGAAUCUUCUAGAUACACUUAGAUCUUCUUAGAUGACUGAAAGAGAGAAAGUGAAAGGGGUCAUGCAUUACAAACCUAUUUUAAUCUCACAGUGGUUUUCCUGUUUAAGACCUGAAUUGCAUGCAGGCGUGACCACAUGCUUUUUUAAUUCAAAUAAAUUUUAUUACGUUCAUUUAACUGUGGGAUUACUUUUGUACAGUAAUGUGUGUUUGCGAUACUGGGAAUGUGAGAGGUUUUAUUCUCCUCAGCUGUGUUUUCAAUAUCACACCUUGUGGUAUUUGAGCAAGCUGUUGUAUUUUUAAUGCAUAGCUUAAGUGUUUUUAGUUAAAGAAAUUGUUUGAUUGCUCCUCCUGUGUAUGUUAUGCAAUCUGAGCAAAACAGUCUGGUGUCCGUUUGCUAAGUAGACAGCUGGGCUGCCUUCAGGGGCUGUAGUAGCAAUGUUCCCCUUUUACUGUAAAAUGAUGUAAUGUUUUGGAAUGUCAGCAGCCUGUUCCACACACACACACACACACACACUCACAGGGUGGGUAAAAUAAUACAUACUGUUCUCCUCACCAGGAUCAGGAGUUUUGUUUUUUUUGGUGUUUUUUUUUCAUGUAUUAAUGUGCUUCACUGAAACCAUAAAAAAGGAACUGUAAUACAAGAGUACUGCUGAGAUAUGCAAUGGGAACUGUAAGAGGAAAAAAGAGGGAAUGUGAAGUGAAAUAUAUUUUCGGCCUUUCAAUAUUUUUUGCCUGUAGGUGGCGCUCAAGCCUUUUUUUCGACGAUAGACGAUAGACCGUUAGGGGGCAGUAUUGUAUCGUUUUUAUUAGAGUUUGAGUUGCUUGCAGGAUUUGAUUUUUACUUUGUUGCAGCUUGUUGAAACGUUUAGGUUUCGUAUGUCUGUAUUUUCUAAAUUAAUGCAAAAAAUAAUAAAUAAUGAAAUGUUUUUUUAUUAAAAAAAAAAAAACAUUUCCAGGCUAAAAUGCACUUUAUUUGUACAGAGAAAGAUAGGCAGAGGAAAACGUAACAUGCAGAUAAGUGUCAAAGUUUCUCACUCUGUGUAUCAGAUCUGGCACAACUUCAAAGUUUGGCCUCUCGGUCUCGAUUAUGCAAUCGCACUCACCCACUAAACUUUUCCUGAUAUCAGAGCGACCAGCCUCGAGCCGCAUGAAUCUCGUGCACGCCAAGCGUCAAUACCGUGCGUGUCUGCAUGAUAUAGCUUAUGAUUUAUAUUUAUAUAUAUAAAUAUAAUAUAUUAUAUCUAUUAUAUAGCGCGCGCGCGCUAGUCAGUGGAUCAACACCUUUGAUCGAAGUUGUCCUGAAACCUAAAUGCGUGAAAAUAUAAUGUAUUGGUAUUUCUAUAUUAUUUUGAAGUAUUUAUUGACUUUUCUUGUUUUAGAAGUAUAUGUUGAUUGCACUGAGUUCAUCUUGUAAGUUGUUCAGUGUUGGAGAGGUGCCGUGAGUGAGUGUGCGCGCCGCAGGAGGGGUGCAGAAAGCGACCAAUCAGAUCCACAGUCCCGGCGACACUUGAAAAGCAGGGCGUAACUUUGAGGCAACUUUCGCAGUAAGUUCCUCCUCCUCCUCUUUACGCGCUGUCCUCAAGCUUAUAUGUGCGGGAGAGUAAAGCAGACUCUUUACUGUUCUGGCUCGGCACUGCGCGGUGGGAGAAGACUGACAACACAAGCACGCAACGAGGAACUCAGCCUUCCUUCUCCGAGUUUCAGAGCACAUCUGAGACUAGCCUUUUUUGUUCCGUAUCUUUUGCACAAACUCUAAGCCAGUGGCAAACUAAACGCCUUCGCAUCCAAAGGCUCCAGGUCGGUUCUCAAAUGAGAGAUCAUCUGCGACUGUCUUCUUCUGAAGAAACAGAAAUGUCUGCGACCAUCCUGUCCGCUUUCUACGACAUCGACAUGCUGUACAAGGAGAAGAGCCUCAACAUGAACGCCAUUCACAUUAACAGCAUGCUGGAUAAGAAAGCAGUCGGGGCCCCGGUAACAACCUCCAGCAGCAGCACCAACAACUGCAACUCGUACGCGUCAGGAUUCUUCCGUCGAAACUCC